CCAAGUUUUUCGUUAAUCUUCGCGGUUAUGUCUUAUAAAUUAUAUUCACGAUACAAAUACAGAAACACUAAAACAAUGUAAAAUAAAUUCUGAAUCAGAAUUUCGAAAAUAAAAACAUAAUUUUUAGAUUAAAAAAUUUAGAGAACAAAAAUUUAAUUUAGAAUUCGGCCCCAUCAUUCGGAAUCAGACACUUCACGGUCCGAUGAUUGAUUUAAAACAGAAAAUAUGAAGCCUCAAGGAAAUCGUCAUAAAAGCUUUCCCUCUUGGUGUGUACCAAGAAAAACUAAAGCAGUCAGCUCAACGGGAGAAAUCUUUAUAGACCUUACUUCAGCUUCGAAUGUGAAAAAGAAAAAAUCCAGAAAUCAUACCGAUUCAGAUCUGACCAGCAUUUUACGUUUGAGUUUGACAAACUUUGGAAUCAACAGAAGUAACACAAACUCUAAAUCUAUAUCAAGGCAAGAAUGGAUGGAACGAAUUAAUGAAAUAGCUGAACCUCGGAUUCGAGAACCAAAUCCAAGUAAUGUAAUUGGAAAAGUAACAGAAAAUGCCUUAAAAGCUAUAGCGUCUAAACGAAUACAAAAAUUGGCUAAAAGAAAACGUUUGAAAUUAAUAGAUGCCUAAAAGAAAGAUCGCGAUCCGUAUAAAGUGAGCCCUCAAGCACUAAAAGCAAUUUGUUCGGAAAGAACUAAAUCUUUUGCUACACCAAGAAUUUUCCAACUUCACUCUCACAAUUGCAAUAUUGAGAAAGUAAAUUCCCAAUAAAAGUCGAGGGCGAAAAAGGGAACUGCGAGAGAGAAGCAAUAAAAUAAAAGAAUUUUAUGAAACUAUAAAGUCGUUUAGGCUUACUUUAUUUAGAAAAUAUUUUGGACGGUAUGUGGUGAUACAUCAAUAAACAAAGUACGACAUAAAUAUUACAUAUUUCGACAAAUUAAAAAUGGACGGAUAUCGUUUUUGCAUUCAGAUCUAAAAUUAAAUACUAUAUCAUUGUUCGUUAAAAUCUAUACGCAUUUUUACAAUUAAAACUAUUAUUUGUUUUAGAAGGCACUAUAUGUUUAUAGUGUAAGUGUAUACCUACAAACUAUGGAGUUUUUUGUGACUUUCAGUCACUUGUACUUUAAAAAUGUAUAAAAUAUAUACAAUGCAACACAUGUAUUAUAAAAACUUUCUAAAAGCCUUAAAAUAUGUAAAUAAAACUUUACUUAUAUAAUUCUCAAAAUUUAGAAC